AUGCUACACAUCAUACGCCCACAAUUACUGAGAAACUGCCUCAGAAUCCAGCCUGAAAUUUACGUCUCAAAUUUCCUAUCUCGGAACCAAUUACAAACCACCCAACAGUACCGCACGACGGCAUCAUUGUCAACGAGAAGCGGCCUCCAGUCACCACCUUGCUCAACGUCCAGCACCGUACGAAAGCAAACCUCACGACCAUGCCGCCGCUCGUUUAUCAACCUCUCAAAAUUGCUCCCGAAUAAUAAUAAAGGCAGCAAUAACGCAGAGAUCCGCACCCUACAGGCAACUCGUACACUGCCAUUUCCUCCUUCUCCACUCUAUAAAAUUAUCGCGUCUGUCGAAUCCUACGCCGAGUUCCUUCCAUUCCUUGCAGCCUCAACCGUGACAGCACGAGACCCUGAUACGGAUUAUCCGUCCCAGGCUUUCUUGACCGUCGGCUAUGGGCCAUUUCAGGAGACAUUUACUUCACGAGUGACGUGCGACCGAUCCCAAUGGCUUGUCGAAGCGCGGAGUGGUGGUGGAUUAGGGGAUGAUGGAAAACCAGUUCCUGGCGGGGAUGAAGGCCUUUUUAGUCACCUGGGCACACGGUGGAAGCUUGUCCCUCGCAUUGACCAAGGAAUCGAAGUGACUGAAGUUCAGUUGGAGAUUCGUUUUCGGUUUCAGAAUGCAAUGCACACGGCUAUGAUGGGCGCAGUUGAAGACAAAGUUGCUGCCGUUAUGAUUGAGGCGUUUGAGCGGAGAAUAAAAGAGCAGAUGGUGGCGAAGUGA